AAGAAGAAGACGGCAUAAGAAAAAAUAAACAAUGCGGUGAUAUUGAUAACAAUAAAAGAAUAUUGAAAAAAAUAGUGCACAUUAACUGCAAAAAACUAUGGACACACAACCUGAGAUACCUGAGGCACCGCUACGUCCAUUUAAAUUGGCGCAUCAGGUUGUGAGCCUUACUGGAAUUAGUUUUGAGCGGCGGAGCAUUAUUGGCAUGGUAGAGUUGACCAUAGUGCCAAAUAAUGAGAGCCUACGUUUGAUACGUCUAAAUGCCAAACAGCUGCGAAUUUACAGCGUGGUGCUCAACGAUGUUUGCCACGCGGAGUUCGUUUACUUCGAUCCUUUCCAAGACAUAUGCCAUAAGGAGCCCAAGAGCCGCUCUCUGGACGUCUACUCAAAGCAUCAUUUGGCUGCAGCUCAAAUCACCGAUCCGGAUGUGAAUAAUGGCGAACUGUUAAUACAGGUACCUCCGGAGGGUUAUUCGCUGAUACAAGAGGGUCGUGGUCUGCGCAUACGCAUUGAAUUCUCUGCCGAAAAUCCCAAAAGUGGCAUGCAUUUUGUUAUGCCACCCACAUCCUCUGACGAUGAUACAGCUCAGCUCAACUGUGCUCACAUGUACACUAACUGCUAUGAGAACUCAACUCGCCUUUGGUUUCCCUGCGUUGACAGCUUUGCGGAUCCAUGCACAUGGCGACUGGAAUUUACAGUGGAUAAGAAUUUGACAGCCGUUUCCUGUGGAGAAUUGAUCGAAGUUAUUAUGACGCCGGAUCUGAGAAAGAAAACGUUUCAUUAUACAGUAUCUACACCUGUCUGUGCGCCCAAUAUUGCACUGGCUGUAGGUCCCUUCGAAAUCUACGUGGACCCGCAUAUGCAUGAAGUAACGCAUUUUUGCCUGCCCGGCAUGUUGCCUCUGUUAAAGAAUACGGUGCGAUACCUUCACGAAGCCUUUGAGUUCUUCGAGGAGACACUCUCCACACGCUAUCCGUUUUCCUGCUACAAACAGGUGUUUGUAGACGAACUGGACACCGACAUCAGCGCAUAUGCAACCAUGACGAUAGCAUCGGUUAACCUGCUGCAUUCCAUAGCUAUUAUAGACCAAACAUACAUUUCACGGACCUUCAUGUCACGCGCUGUGGCAGAGCAGUUCUUUGGUUGCUUCAUUACCUCUCAUCACUGGUCGGACACCUGGCUAGCAAAAGGCAUAGCAGAGUACUUGUGUGGCCUCUACUCACGGAAAUGCUUUGGAAAUAACGAGUAUCGCGAAUGGGUGCAAACGGAGCUGGCGCGCGUGGUCAAAUACGAGGAGCAAUAUGGCGGCAUUAUACUCGAUUGUAGUCAGCCUCCAGCGCCUCUGCCCGUAUCGAGCAGCAAUCCAGGAGCUGCUGCGAGUAAGCAGCAGGAGAUUGUUCAUUACUUUCCUAUCAAGAGUUUGCACACAGUGUCACCUAAAUAUGUAGAGGCGAUGCGCCGCAAGGCGCAUCUGGUCAUACGCAUGUUGGAGCAUCGAAUUGGCCAGGAACUGCUCAUCCAAGUAUUUAACAAGCAACUGGCGUUGGCCACAAAUGCAGCAGCAACAAAAAUUGGCGCCGGCCUCUGGUCGCAGCUGCUCAUCUCCACGAAUAUCUUCAUCAAAGCCAUAUUCACGGUCACGGGCAAGGACAUGUCUGUGUUUAUGGAUCAAUGGGUGCGGACAGGCGGACAUGCAAAGUUCUCGCUUACCUCAGUGUUUAAUCGGAAGCGAAAUACGAUCGAAUUGGAGAUACGACAGGACUUUGUCAAUCAGCGCGGUGUACGCAAAUAUAAUGGUCCCUUGUUGGUGCAGCUGCAGGAGCUGGAUGGCACAUUCAAGCACACGCUGCAGAUUGAGAAUACGUUGGUCAAGGCAGACAUAACCUGUCAUUCAAAGAGCAGGCGCAACAAGAAGAAAAAGAUUCCAUUGUGCACCGGAGAAGAGGUGGACAUGGACUUGUCUGCUAUGGAUGACUCACCUGUGCUGUGGAUACGUCUUGAUCCGGAAAUGAUUUUACUGCGUGAUCUAAUCAUUGAGCAACCGGACUUUCAAUGGCAAUACCAGUUACGGCACGAGCGAGAUGUUACAGCUCAGUUUCAGGCCAUUCAAGCACUGCAAAAGUAUCCUACGAAUGCCACGCGAUUAGCACUCACCGACACCAUCGAGAGUGAAUCUUGUUUUUACAAGGUGCGCUGCCAGGCGGCGCACAGCCUAACCAAGGUGGCCAAUCAAAUGGUCGCUUCAUGGAGUGGACCACCUGCCAUGCUCAACAUCUUUCGCAAGUUCUUUGGCUCCUUCAGUGCACCACACAUCAUAAAGUUGAACAACUUUUCCAACUUUCAAUUGUACUUCCUGCAAAAGGCUAUACCUGUGGCCAUGGCGGGCUUACGUACCUCUCAUGGUAUCUGCCCGCCAGAGGUGAUGCGCUUUCUGUUCGAUCUCUUUAAGUACAACGAGAACUCACGUAAUCAUUAUACAGACGCCUACUAUAGAGCUGCCUUGGUCGAGGCGCUGGGAGAGACAUUGACGCCAGUCGUAUCUGUGGCAAUGCACGGCACACAAAUUACCACAGACAGCCUAUCCACUGAUGCUAAAUUGGUUCUAGAUGAAGUGACGCGCUUGCUGAACAUGGAGAAGCACUUGCCCUCGUACAAGUAUAUGGUAUCCGUGUCUUGUCUAAAAGUCAUACGGAAACUGCAAAAGUUCGGCCAUUUGCCUUCGCUGCCUCACAUUUAUCGCAGCUAUGCGGAAUAUGGCAUAUUUCUGGAUUUACGCAUUGCUGCUAUGGAGUGUCUUGUGGAUUUUGUGAAAGUAGAUGGACGCAGCGAAGACCUAGAGCAUUUGAUAACAUUACUAGAAACUGAUCCGGAUCCUGCUGCACGACAUGGGCUCGCCCAGUUGCUCAUUGACAAUCCGCCCUUUACACGCGAGUCGCGCAGCCGCCUAGACAAACCAAAUCUGCUGGAACGUCUCUGGCUCAGCAUUAAUACUUUGGCUUAUGACACGAAACUGCGUUGCAAUAUUGUCGAUCUGUACUAUGCGCUCUAUGGCAGCAAGCGACCGAAUUGUCUGCAGGCGACCGAAAAUCAGAGCUUCUACAAGGACUUGAUGAAGGACAAUACAGUUUCAAGUAAUUUGUUUAAGAAGACAAACGAACCCAAGCCUAUAGAGAGUGAGCCUCAGGAGAGACAUAAGCCAGCCAUGGUUACUAUUAAACGAACUGCAACAGAAGCCUUCGAAGUGGGCGAUGAAAUCAUUAAGUUAGAGCGCAGUGAGGAGAUUACCGUUCUGGACGAGCCGAUUGAGGUGCAAGCCUACGACAGCGAGACCAAGCUAAAUGUGCAAACAGUUGAUGAAAGCGCUGGUGAAACGCAACAAUUGACUAAGCGCCUACGGACCGAGAUCUAUGCAGACACGAUAGACGAUAAUUCAAUCUCAGUGCUCGAUGUCGGCGAGACAACACGACAAUAUGAGAGCAGUUACGACGAGAGCAAACUGAGACCCGAUGGCAGUGUCAAGAAGAAGAAGAAGAAGGACAAGAAAAAGCAUAAGCACAAGCACAAACACAAGCACAACAAGGACAAGGACAAAGAUCGGGAGCGCGAGCGCAAGGAUAAAGAUCGCCGAGACCCGCAAAUCUCUCGUCUGCAGACAAGGGACGCUGCCACGCCCGAAACCCUUAGCUCUGCUGAUAGUAGCAACAGCAACAGCAAUACCCCGCUGGGCCUGAACUAAGUGAAGGUCGUCGAGCAACUGCAUGUUAACCGAUUAAGCUUAUACCCUAUAACAACAAUUAAUAAGAUGUGAAUGUGAAAAGUGAAUUAACUACUUAGUUUUAAGAAUUGCAUAAUUGAAUUUUUCGACAAGCUAUAUAAAUUUAAAUAUUGAUU